AUGACAGUGAGAAAAAUAGCUAUUCUUUAUACAGAUGAAGACAGUGAGUGGACUAAACCAUGGGGAAAUUUUGUUGAUAUGGCAAUCGAGCUGUUAGAGGAAACCAAGAAAUUGGAGUGUGUUGAACAAGAUGUUGAAUACGAGGUCUUUCAUGUCCAGAAGGGCAAGUUCCCCCGAUUGUCGGAACUUCAAAAAGAUGAAUAUUUGGGGAUUUACAUUACCGGUUCCAAAUAUGAUUCAUUUGAUAACGAAAUCGGGUGGAUUAUAGAGCUAAGAAAGUUUUUAAACGACAUGUUAACUAGCGACUUUGAACAUCCACCCGUAGCAGGAGUUUGUUUUGGCCAUCAGGUAAUUGCGGCUGCCCUAGGCAGUUCAGUGGGUCGGAACCCAAAAGGGUUUGAAGGAGGCGUUGUGCCGCUUAAACUAAAUUCAGUGGGCCAAAAAUUAUUUGGAGCUGAAACAUUAAAUCUUUCCGAGGUGCAUAGCGACUGUGUUUUCGAUGUCCCAGAGGGGUACCAAAAUUGGGCAUCGAGUAACAAAUGUGGAAACCAAGGGCUUUAUCGGAAAAAUAAAGUGCUAACGUUUCAAGGACAUCCUGAAUUUAACAGUGGUGUUGCUCAGAAAGGACUGUUGAAGUCCCGAGACAAGGUGAACCUUGAAGAGUUUGAAAAAUACGAAAGGCAGUGCCGAGAAUUGAAUAAUGACGGUGUAAGAGCUGCCAGAAGUAUUUGGAGAUUGUUCUUGCAGGGUGUGUGA